AUGUCUUUCACCAACGGCAACGGUUCCCCCACCAAGCCCAUCCCCAUCGACGCACACCGCCGGCGGUCUGCCUCAGACUCGGAGUCGUCUGAGAGUUCCUGCUCGCCUACCACCCCGUACUCCUCUGGCGCGUCAUUCCCGACACCGGCGACGGGCAACCCUCGCGUCGCACCCGUCUCGCCCUCGACAUCUCCUAUCUUGUCCUACUUCUUCGGCCAGACCUCGCCUAAGGCUCCUGCCAACUCUCUCCCUUUCCGUCGCAACUUCGGUCCUCCCGCAAUCGACGAAGAUGAUGAGGCGCCCGCCUCUCCCCAGUCGCCGACCAAGCAUGCCCGCCGCGCAAGCACAGCGUGGGCGGGCAGUGAGCGGUUCGCACAACCCCCUGCAGCGACCCCGGAGCAGCACGACAGAGCGACGGGUGUGCUCAGGAGGCUUUCCCUCGGGGGCGCUAUGGCGAGACCACAGAUCCCGCAGUUCAAGAAUGCGACGUCGGGCGAGGGUAUGCAGCGGAGCGCCACCCCGCCCACGCUCUCGUCCACCCCUACGCCGAUGAACGGCACGCCGCGUAAGACGCGGCGGUCAAACACGAUCAACCCGGGCACCCAGAGGCCCAAGCGCGCCCCGUCGCCGAUGGGCGAGCGCAUCCUCACGGGGCACUUCGACAGCUUCCAUUGA